UUUGUCCGGGUUGGGGGAGGGUCUUUUCCCUGAAUUGCAGGAGAAACAGCAAAAACCCUUCUUUUCUCCGCCUCGUUCGAUCGAGCACCCGCCGCUAUAUCCAAUCAAAUUCGACGAAAAAAAGGGGGGAAAAAGGAAAAUGUCGGGGGUGGAUAUGGCGACGCUUCUGGAGAAAUCCAAGGAGCUCGAUCAGCUUAGGAAGGAGCAGGAGGAAGUCAUCAGUGAGAUCAACAAGCUCCACAGGAAAAUGCUUUCGGAUUUUAGCGAGAAAGCACCAGAUAAUCAUUUGGGUAAGCUCCGACAAUUAUAUGCUACUGCCAAAGACCUUUCAGAAAAUGAAGUGAGUGUUUCAAAUGUAUUGAUGAGCCAGUUGGAUGCUCUGCUGCAGUCUGGACUAACAGUUCCACAAAGAAAAAAGAUUGAAGGCAGUGAGCAGAAAAAGAAGCGGAUGAAGAUUGAUGGAGAUAAUGCACGAUUUCCACCAGCUGCAUCAAUGAGAAACCAACUCGACCAUCCUGCAAAUCUGAAAGGAGAGCAGGUGGCAGCUAGGGUCACACCUGAUGAAGCUGAAAAAGACGAGUGGUUUGUUGUGAAAGUUAUACAUGUUGACAAGGAUGCAAAAGAAUAUGAAGUGCUUGAUGAGGAGCCAGGUGAUGAUGAGGAAAGUAUGCAGAGAAAAUACAAGCUGCCUAUGCAGCGCAUUAUUCCUUUUCCGAAGAAGGGGGAUCCUUCCAGUGCACCAGAUUUUCCCCCGGGCAGACAUGUCUUGGCAGUUUAUCCUGGGACGACGGCAUUGUAUAAGGCAACGGUUGUCAAUUCACACCGUAAGAGGAAGUCUGAUGACUAUCUCCUUGAGUUUGACGAUGACGAGGAAGAUGGGUCGUUGCCGCAAAGGAGCGUGCCCUUCUACAGGGUUGUUCAACUUCCGGAAGGUCACCGCCAGUGAAAACGAUCUGAUUCGUCGUGUACACUAAGUUGUAGCUCGUUUUGAUAUAAUGGGGACAAUCAAAUGCAGAUUUUCACCUUCUUAUAAUACAACAGAAAUAACUACGAAGCCGCGAAGAGCUACGAAGCCGCGAAGAGCUCUUCUACAUGAUUGUAUUGUUGUUUAAAGGCUUCAGAAGAGAUUCAAUAAUUGUUGUUGAAUAAUUUUGUGUCUUAUGUGGGGGAAGCAUUAUGUUCGUAGGAAACUCGUUACUUUGAAUUAUUUGCUUAAUAAGAGUAGAAAAAAAAAAUCUCAAAAUUCAUGUGUUCAGGACA